ACAAAGCGAACCCGCAAGGUCGGCGUGACUGGAAAGUACGGUGUUCGUUAUGGUGCCUCCCUGCGAAAGCAAGUGAAAAAGAUGGAAAUUACCCAGCACGCACGAUACACUUGCACGUUCUGCGGAAAGGACUCUGUCAAGCGCCAAGCAGUCGGCAUCUGGAAAUGCAACUCUUGCAAGAAGGUGAUUGCUGGGGGAGCAUGGACGGUGGCGACAACAACGGCUGCGACAGUCCGCAGCACUAUUCGCCGUCUGCGCGAGUUGACCGAGGCAUAG